CACUCUCGUCUCCCUUUUAUUAUAUUCGGGCAUUUUCCUUAAGCAAAUGAUCAAAUUGAUGUCGGUUUCUUUCUAAUUAUCACGUUCAAAUGCCGAUUUACCACUUCUGGUCUUUGAUCAGGAAGAUGCGGGGUUGGUGAAUUUCGUGGUGCCAAUUCUGCAGUCAAAACUGUUUUGUUGAUUUACUUGCUUUAUCUAACUUUGGAGCGAAGGCAGAAGAAAUCAGUUUCUUAGAUUCUGUGGGGGGAUUUAUAGUCUACUAAUGGGUGCCCCUAAGCAGAAGUGGACGGCAGAAGAAGAAGCAGCACUUAAAGCUGGAGUACUUAAGCAUGGGACUGGCAAAUGGCGUACAAUACUUUCAGAUCCCGUGUUUAGUGCCACAUUGCAGUCUCGCUCGAAUGUGGAUCUUAAGGAUAAAUGGAGAAAUAUAAAUGUCACAGCAAUAUGGGGAUCUAGGAAGAAGGCUAAGCUUGCACUUAAAAGGAUUCCAAUUCCUAAACAAGAUGAAAAUGCAAUGACUUUGAUCAACGUAUCCCACAAUGCGGAAGAAAUAGUAGAUGCUAAGCCUCUUGCUAUUUCUAGUGGGACAUCAAGAGCUGAUGGUUUGAAGAAACCAAUUCCGAGUUUGGAUAAUCUUGUAUUAGAUGCCAUCACCAACUUGAAGGAGUUACGUGGAUCUGACAGGGCUUCAAUUUUUGAAUAUAUAGAGGAGCACUAUCGAACACCAACAAACAUUAAAAGGCUGGUGGCUACAAAAUUGAAGCAUUUAACUGCAAAUGGCACAUUGAUCAAGAUUAAGCACAAGUACAGGAUUGCCCCCAGUUCAGCAAUUGCUGGAGUUAAAAAGAAGUCUCCUCCAUUGGUUUUUGAAGGAAGGCAGAAGGAUUCUUUGAAACAAGAGAAAAGUAUCAACAUUCUUACUAAAUCCCAGAUUGAUGGAGAGCUAUUAAAGAUAAAGGGAAUGACUGCUCAAGAGGCUGCAGCAGCCGCUGCACGAGCAGUUGCAGAGGCAGAAGUUGCAAUUGCGGAGGCUGAAGAGGCGGCAAGGGAGGCAGAGAAAGCAGAAGCAGAGGCAGAAGCAGCACAAAUAUUUGCCAAAGCAGCAUUUAAGGCUUUGAAAUAUAAGACACUUCGUACCUGAUGGCAUGAAGUGGAUAUCCUGUCUUAGGUGAUGGUACAGCAUGUGAAAUGCACAAGGUGCAGAUGUCAAAUCUAACUGGCAUGAUACAUACAUAUCUAAGGACACCAUGUCAGUUAACUGUAAAUAUAUCAUCAGGCUUGUAAAUGUGGAAUAUGUGAGAUUAAUCUCUGAAUACAGUUUUUGUUUCUGUGGAAUGAUUUCCAUAGGAGCUUCUUAUAGGCUUAAUUUCAAAAAGUUUUUAUGAUGAGGGAGUAAGGAAUUAGUAGAAGAAAUAGAAGAUUGUGAUGUCGUAUUAGAUUUAUGGUCAAUGUAUUACUGACAGUUCAUGACGAGGAAGAGUGAAUACUGAAAACUGUCGUUUCACAAAUGGCUUUCUGGAAGCAAUAUGAAAGGUUUCUGUGCGGUGUUAAUACUGGAAA